AACAGUCCGCGAUCGUGUUGGCAGCAUAAUAUCCUGCUGCUAGGAGAACUAUAAUCAUCUGUUUAGCUAGCUUGAAUCGAACAGAGCGUGUCACCUGUCCCCAAUGGGGUUCAAUAAGACGUACAUCAGUAUCGGGUAUGCCUCUUUUGGCAUGCUUAUGGGAUUCUCAGCGUUUCUCGUGUGGAACAUCGCGUACAACCAACCAUGGACAGCUGCAAUGGGAGGAUUAUCAGGUGUGCUGGCGCUCUGGGCCCUCAUCACCCACAUCAUGUACCUGCAGGACUACUGGCGCACCUGGCUGAAGGGCCUCAAAUUCUUCCUCUUCAUCGGAGUCGUCUUCUCCCUGCUGGCCGUGGUGGCUUUCAUCACCUUCCUCUCCCUUGCCAUUACCAACAAAGAGUCCAUGACUGACCCGAGGAGCCUGUUUCUUUCGGGCGUGUGGAGCUUCAUGACUCUAAAGUGGUCCUUCCUGCUGGCUCUCUAUUCCCACCGCUACCGCAAGGAGUUUGCCGACGUCAGCAUCCUCAGUGACUUUUGAUGAGGGCCCUUGAACAGCCCCCCACCCAAUGGAGGUCUAUGGAAGACUAACUAGCAGGGAUCCUAACCUGAGGGUGCUAACUAGGGGAGAAAGGAGGGAGUGAAGAUUUGAGGGGUUGGUGAAGCCAAGUAGUCAUGACGAGGAUGAGUGCUGGAAUGAGGGUUGAUCUGAAAGGCGUGGGGUAGCUGCACAUACACCAGAUGUCUUCCACCAAUCGCUUGCUUAUAAAUCCACGUGGAGGGAGUGAACGAGUACACACUUUGGGGAGAAGGGUAGUGAACCCCCUCUCUUUCUAUAUCUGUAAACAGGGUAUGCUCAACCCCUGCCAGGCCAGUUUAUCCACAAGUUCAUCCCUAUGUUAUGCCUUUUAUGGAUUUGACUGUUCCCAUGUGUAUGUAUGUGACACUGUCUGUGCUCCUCUUGUAUGUCUUCAACACAUGUUUUUAGAGUCAAUAUCUCCCUUUUUAUGAGAUUUGAAUCUUCUUUUGGUGACUUUGUGGGUAAUCCUUGUUAAUUGUGUACAUCACGUGUGAAAACUCAUUCCACGGAGGGCCUAGUGUCAGCGGGUUUUCGUUCCUCCCUUGUACUUGAUUGAUGAAGGUCACUAAUUAGUAAAAAAAACUCCUUUCACCUGGUUGCCUCUGUUUUAAUUGAAAGGAAAACCCCAAAACCUGCAGACACUAGGCCAUUCGUGGAAUGAGUUUAACAACCCUGCUGUACAUCUUCCUGUGCUUAUAUACCUUGGAACAUAUUCUUAACAAGAUAUAUAAUUGAUGUGGUUAUGAUAGAGAAUUCGUUUCCAUUCUCUUGCCACAAGGGGGAGUCAGUCGAUCAAAUGUUGCGGCUGUUGGCAAAACAUCCCACUCAUUUAGAAAGUUGUUAGAAAACAGAGCAAAGUUUAUCUGCAUACAUAUAAAACAUGCAUUAUACACAACAAAAGGACACGUCACAGGCCUGUUUGGGGAAGUAGUCUCUAGUAGUCUUUAUUUUUAAUUUUUAGGAUGACUGUUUUGAUCUGUGCUAUCGACGUGUGAACUUUUAGUCCACAGAAACCUGCUGUCACUUCGGAGUCAAGUGUAUGUGCUGAAGCAACUACAUUUAGAGUAUCAUGUCUCAACACUUAUGUAUUAUGGUACAGUUAUAAUGCUUUGGAAAUGAGACUUGUAUAAUGUCUUCUAGCGUUACACCUGUCAGUGUUCGACACUAUUUCAAAACAUCCCCCACAAAUAGUUUUUGAAGAGAUUAUAUGAAGAAGGAUUGCACUAGCGUCACAGAAUGUUAGAACAACUGCCUUUUUUUCACAACAGUUGCCAAUGGAAACCCAACUGCCUCGUCUUAUUUGAACGGAGAACGCUCAAAGGAGGGAGCUCCUUUUGUGGAAUUUGUGUCAUUGCUGUGCCUUCGCUUUAGCUCCCAAACGUUAUUCACCAUCAUCAUACUGCUGCUUAUGGAGAUUAAUUUGAUUGUGCUCUACCUUUUUUUUCCUUGACAUCUGUUUGCUUCUCUGUGGGCUACCACAUGUAUCAUAUUGUACUAUAAAGAAACAUGACAUUGUGUAUAUCCACUUGUGUGUAUGUCUGUUGUACAGGUAUGUCUGCGUGAGAGCCAUAUUAAUAAAGUAUAAUUUUAUGACA